UUAGAGACUGACCCCCCCCCCCCCCCAAGGCACUGACAACAAAAGAAUUGUAUUGAGAGCAAAACACAAGUCCUUAAACUGCAGAGAUAUUUGCCAGAAUGUCUGAUCUUCAUGUUCUGCUGUUAAUAGUUUUGGUGGGAGAGACAGCCUUCGGGUUCUCCCUGACAUCUUUACUUGAAGACCUGGACCCAGAUUGGACACCUGACAACUAUGAAUACAGCUAUGAAUAUUACAACCAGGAGGAGAAUGACAGCAGUACAGCUGCCCACCCCGAGAAUCCUGAUUGGUAUUACACAGAGGAAGAUGUCUUGGACCCAUGCCAGUCAAACCCGUGUGAACAUGGUGGGGACUGCCUCGUCAGUGGGAACAACUUCACAUGCAGCUGUCCUGCCCCUUUCUCUGGGAGCAGGUGUCAGAAAGUGCGAAACAUGUGCAAGAGCAACCCAUGUGGCCGGGGUGAAUGUCUCAUUAUCCGGACUCCUCCCUACUACCGAUGUGCCUGUAAACACCCUUACAAGGGUCCAGACUGUUCCAAAGUGGUCCCUGUGUGCAGGCCAAACCCCUGCCAGAAUGGCGGCACCUGCUCCAGGCAUAGGCGGAGAUCCAAGUUUACCUGUACCUGCCAUGGCCAGUUCAAGGGGAAAGUCUGUGAAAUAGAUGCUGAUGACUGCUACAUUGGUGAUGGCUACUCUUACCGAGGGAGUGUGAGUAAGACAGUCAACCAGCAUUCCUGCCUUCACUGGAACUCCCACCUCCUUUUAAAAGAGAAUUACAAUAUGUUUAUGGAAGAUGCUGAGGCCCAUGGGGUUGGGGAUCACAACUUCUGCAGAAACCCAGAUGGAGACAAAAGGCCCUGGUGCUUCAUUAAAGUGAACAACGAAAAGGUGAAAUGGGAGUACUGUGAUGUCUCAGCCUGCUCAGCCCUAGACAUUGCCGACGUAGAGGGAAGCUCUACAGAACACCUGACCAAGAUUCCAGGGUUUGAUUCCUGUGGGAGGACUGAGAUAGCAGAGAGGAAGGUCAAGAGGAUCUAUGGAGGCUUUAAAAGCACGGCGGGCAAGCACCCGUGGCAGGUGUCCCUGCAGACCUCGCUGCCAUUGUCCAUCUCCAUGCCCCAGGGCCACUUCUGUGGGGGUGCGCUGAUCCACCCCUGCUGGGUGCUCACUGCUGCCCACUGCACUGACAUAAAAGCCAAACAUCUAAAAGUGGUGCUAGGGGACCAGGACCUGAAGAAGACAGAAUUCCAUGAGCAGAUCUUCGGGGUGGAGAAGAUAUUCAAGUACAGCCACUACAAUGAGAGGGAUGAGAUUCCCCACAAUGAUAUUGCUUUGCUCAAGUUAAAACCAGUGGAUGGUCACUGUGCUGUGGAAUCCAAAUAUGUGAAGACUAUAUGUUUGCCAAGUGAUCCCUUUCCCUCUGGGACUGAGUGCCACAUCUCUGGCUGGGGUGUCACAGAGACAGGGGAAGGGUCCCGCCAGCUCCUGGAUGCCAAAGUCAAGCUGAUCGCCAACACUUUGUGCAACUCCCGCCGACUCUAUGACCACAUGAUUGACGACAGCAUGAUUUGUGCAGGAAACCUUCAGAAACCUGGACGAGACACCUGCCAGGGUGACUCUGGAGGCCCUCUGACCUGCGAGAAGGAUGGCACCUACUACGUCUCUGGGAUAGUGAGCUGGGGUCUGGAAUGUGGAAAGAAGCCAGGAGUCUACACCCAAGUUACCAAGUUCUUGAGCUGGAUCAGAACCACCAUCCAAACGGAGGCUACUACUAUCUUCUGACCCUCAGGGCCCAUAUUCCUAUGCACCCAGACAAGGGGAGACCUUGUGAGUGGCAGUGGACACCUCUUGGAACCUCCAAGAGGCCACACAGUGGAGUGUCCAUGCUCUAAACCGAGACAAUGG